AUGCGGACUUCACGAGUGUCCCGCGACACGUCCCGUAUCGUCGCCGCGAGUCGCACACAACGAGCGUUACGCCAGACACGAAGCGCGACCAAUGCGCCAAACCCGACCAGACGAGAGACAGAUGACGAAGAGAACGCUGGGUCAAGUUCAGAGCUGAGUUCGGCACCGGCGGAUUCAGCUUCAGAUGGAGAGGCGCGACAGAUGCCCUUGAAGAGGAAAAGGGGCCAGGAAAAGCCGAUCGUCGUAAAGCAAGAGACAGAGGAGACAACAAUCGCCGCAAUCGCAUCGCCGAAGAAAGUCGAAAAGGUCAAGAAAGCGCGUCGUGCACCUGCGAAGAAGACGAAGGGCAGCGAUGGAACUGUGAAGGUUGAGCCGCCUGCGAAUUGGGAGGAGAUAUACACUCUGACAAGAGAGAUGAGGAAUGAGAACAUUGCACCCGUAGAUACUAUGGGAUGCGAGAGUCUGGCGGAGAAAAACAGGUCACCUCGAGACCGACGGUUUCAGACACUCAUAGCCUUGAUGCUGAGCAGUCAGACGAAAGACACCGUCACAGCACCUGUCAUGCGAGGCAUGCAGGAGAAGAUGCCUGGAGGUUUCAAUCUCGAAUCUGUCCUCGCACUAGAACCCCCUGCACUGAACGCUUUCAUCAACAAAGUGGGUUUCCACAACCUCAAGACCAAGUACAUCAAGCAAACCGCAGAGAUAUUGAGAGACAAGUGGAACUCGGACAUACCAGAUACCAUUGAAGGACUGGUGUCGCUACCUGGUGUCGGACCUAAGAUGGGCUACCUCACCUUGAGCGCAGCUUGGGGCAAGACUGAGGGCAUCGGAGUCGAUGUUCACGUCCACCGUAUUACCAACCUAUGGGGCUGGCACAAGACGCAGCAACCAGAACAGACGCGUGCAGCACUGGAGUCGUGGCUACCAAGAGACAAGUGGCAUGACAUUAACAAUCUGCUUGUGGGCUUUGGGCAAACCAUAUGCUUACCUGUGGGUAGGAAGUGUGGUGAUUGUAAACUGGCGGAUAGAGGCUUGUGUCCAUCAGCUGUUGUGGCCAAAAAGACGAAAGUCAAGAAAGAAGAAGCUGUCGUCAAAGUAGAAGCACCUGGUGGUGACGAAGAGGAAAUAGUAAAGGCGGAGACUGCGGUUACCGAUGCUGGUGAGAUCAAAGCUGAAGACGUAGAAGGUGCGAUAGACAUGGAGGACAUUGGGCAAGCACCACGCAGAAGGACACAAAGGAAGAGGUAG